AUGUUAAAAUUCUUACGUGCCGUUCAUGCCAAAGACUAUUACUCGAUGCUGAACUCACACUUGAUACUUGCAUCGGAUGACAACAAAAAAAUAGAGAGAUUGUUUUCGGGUGGAAAUAUUCACGGGUACGAUGAUGUUCAUCCAUGGGUAGAAAAUGAGUACGUGGAUUCCCUCAAUGCUUUUUCACUUUACGAAUUUCUAGCCAUCAACCACGGCCAUCAUUUAUGUUACGGGUAUGAGCAGCUGCCACCAAGCGCACUCCGACGUAUGAAGGUCAAGGAUGCGAUCCUAAUGGAUCCUGCAAUGUUUAAUCACUUGUUGGACUAUUACACCGAAGUGUACAAUUGUACCUACUCUGCUCCCACCACGGACAGAAACGUGUAUCCUUUUGUGACACUUGAUUUGUUCGGGUCUGUUUACAAGUCAAUUGAAUCAUCAUGUACGAACGCACGUGGAUCAUAUAUCCGUGCGUUCUACCGCUUAAAUUAUGACAAUGAUAUUAUCAUCGAAAAUGAAACAGUUGGGGAUCGUGCUGCUCGGCAUUACAAAUGCCUGUCGAAUUCAGGUGUUCUGCGACCUGCGCAAGUACUGAUGUUUUUUCGUCAUUCUGCAGAUGUUUUGGGAGAUGAUAAUGUUGUUGAAAAAAUAAUGCACACGUUUGCCUUAUGGUUUAAGGAAUCAGAUAUCCAAUUGGGCUCUUUCGCUCAUCAUAAUAUGAGCGUUUAUGCAAACGAAUUUGAAGACAUGUCUUACGAGUCCAUCAUUCCUGUUCAUGUCAUCCACUCUCCUAUUGCUAUCAAGAUAUCACAUUUGACUAAUAUCAAGAUAAUCACUAAUUUAGCUCAAACAUUAUUCUUUUAA